AUGGCUGGCCUCCAGAGCUAUGUCGACCACCGCGUCCUGCUCAUUCUCCAGGACGGCCGCGCGAUCGUGGGCAUGAUGGCGGGCUUCGACCAAAAAUCCAACGUCGUUCUCUCAGACUCGAAGGAGCGCGUUUACAGCAUGGAUGAGGGUGUGGAGGAGAUACCUCUGGGUCUGUAUCUCGUCAAGGGUGAUCAGAUUGUGCUCAUAGGAGAGAUUGACGACGCGACCGACAACGCUGUAGACCUGUCGGCUAUACGUGCCGAGCCCCUUCCACCCAUCCGGUAUUGA